UCCAUACAGGACAGAACACAACUUUGCAAACAGAAAUAUAAACAUAGAUGUAAAGACACGGUUCCAAGAACGAACCAGGAUAAAACUUUUUAAAUCUCUGUAUGACCAUUUUCUAUUUGACAAACAUUUUUUUAAUGUUGAACAUUUAUUGCUAAGAUUUUUUUUGUCUUGUUCUAUUACUAUUUUUCAUCGAAACAAAGAUGGCUGCUUCAUCUUCUAUGACCUCUUCCUCAUGCCACUUUUUUAGCUUCCUCUUACUGUUGCUUGUUGUGGCUACACAGGUGGAUUCAAGACCCUCCCCACAGAAAUCUGACAACCUGAUUCUAAAUAAACUAUUUGGUGCUGGAAUCAGCUCUCUUCUCUUGGCCCAACCUGAGGUGAAUGAGGGGUCAGGUGAGAGCCCGCCCACUGCCUCACGGGGUGGUCGUGAUCUGUCUCGAGGGGCGGAGCCUGCACCCGGGGAUGUGCCUCGCUUCCUUCUGGACUUUAUCCGUCGCCAAAGGAAGUUCAGGGGCAGAACCAGGAAGAGCUUUCGGAGGGGUUGUUUUGGGAUGAAGAUGGAUCGCAUUGGAGUCCUGAGUGGAUUGGGCUGCUGAUAAGCUUAGGAUAAGGAGAAACUUGCAACUUUUUUAUAUAAAGAAGCCAGUAAUGGCCAAUGAGGAUCCAGUCAGGAGAGUGACACAGCUCAUCCCCUGUGGGUGCAGUGACGGACUGGAUCCUUUCACCCUCUGCAGCGUUCUCAAUUCAACAACUGAACGAAGACAAAACUUCCAUUAAAAUAUGAGCACAAAGUGUGUGUAAUCAGCUCGGCAGAUGUAGCAAUGAUUCUAAAAUUGCAAUCAUAUGCUUAAUCUUACUGCACUUUGAUAUGUUUAAUUAGACAAUAAUUAGGUGUACUGCUGUCACAAGCAGAGUCGUUCACUGUAACCUGCUUUUGAAACGUGAACUGCAACAUCUGGACCCCAGACAUUUCACUGUCUAAGGCUUUUAUGUUUUUGUAUGUAUGACUCCCAGCUUUGUAAGAAGCUGGCGUGAUUGUGUUGUUGUUUUGUUGUUUGUGUCUUGAUUUGUUGUUUUGUUUUUUUGCUGAUCAGAUGACAAGUUGUUGCUAUCAGAUGUGUGUAAAAUGAGCACGUGGGGAAUUCCCACUUUAAUAGUUCUCUCGACCAGAAUUCAACAUGAGUUUAAACCUGCUGUGUGUGUCGUGUUUGUAUAAAUAUUAUUUAUGAUGUAUUCUAAAAUUUGUUUAAAUACAUGCCACGCAUAUUUCAUUUUUUCAUGAAAGCCAAAGGCAACUGCAUUUGUUUUAUUCAUAUUAUUGAAAUUAAUAUAUUUGGGCCCAAAGGUCCUAGAACACUCAAUUACCAAAAUAAACCAUCCUAAGGUAAA